AAAUAGAAAACCUGAGAAAAAAAGAAAGAAGGAAACACUCGCGUGGCUGCCCACCCGCCGCCGUCGCCGACAACGGCGGCGCGAAGCCGCAUCCUCUCCGCCGACGAGCACGCUGGCCCGGAGUCGUCGCCGCUUCAACCGCCGGCCGUCCUGUCCUCGGAGAUACGGCAGCGCGUGGCGGCCCCCGGUGGCUGUGCUACGGCGGCCAAAAUCGACCGCCGGAUUUCCUGUGCUCCACCGCACGGCGGCCUGACGGUGGCUGCUUCUCCUCCGCGCACAAAUCCACUCCCGCCCCCCACCAUGCACGGCGGCAGCGCUUGACGGUGAGUUCUCCACAUGUUUUCCUUGCUGACCUCGAUUCGGAAUAUGGAUCCGUGUGAGCCAGUAUGAUUCAGAGUGGAUUCCCGGGAACAAGUCUGAUCCGGAGUCGGAUUUCUCUUUUGAGGACAACAAAUUCCGUUUCAGUUUUCCUUGGGUAACUUCAGGUAUAUACCUUGCGUCUCUUGCUUCAUCACAUGUUCCAACUCUGCAAGUAUUCAAGCAGGCGACGAAUUUCACCUUGCAAGAGGGGCUCGAUCUGCUCCAAUUAUCCAAUGGCGCCCUGUAGUACUAUAGCCAGGAUUAUGAACUUAGGGGAUCUAGCGAGAUGUCCCAAGAAUUUGUGCAACCUACUCUUCAGAGUAGUACAAUCCAAGCUCCUAGCGCCCCUUCACAGUAGUUUACUGAAGGAAGUGCAAAAAGAUGAUGGUGAUCAGCCAUCAAUGGCAGAGAGUGUUGUGGCAAAUUUACCAGAGCUGUCUCAGGACAUCUUAAUGGAGAUAUUUGCCCUCCUGGAGAUCCCUGACCUCGUGCGUGCAGGAUCGGUCUGUAACUCCUGGCUCUCGGCCUACAACGAAUUGCGCAGCCUAGGUAUCUAUAAACUGUCCCAGACGCCGUGCCUGCUAUACACCUCUGAAUCUGCUGGCGAUAGCGUCGUGUGUCUCUAUAGUCUUGUCGAGAAGAGGGAGUACAAGAUUACUCUCCCGGAGCCACCCAUACGCAGUAGGUUUCUGAUUGGGUCCUCACUUGGUUGGUUGAUUACAGCUGAUGACUUAUCCGAGAUGCACCUGGUCAAUCCGAUCACAGGGGAACAGAUAGCUCUCCCUUCUGUUACCACAAUGGAGCAUGUGAAUCCCAUCUUCAAUGAGUCUGGUGCUCUCCACAAGUAUGAGUUCUCACUGCACACUGCAACGAGGGUUAGUUAUGCAGAGCCAUCAAUUUUUGCCCUUGGCGAGCUGCGGGAUUACAUAUAUAGUAAGGCUUUUGUGUUUACUGAUACUUUCACAGGGGGAUGCAUUGUGGUUCUGAUCCACGAGCCAGCUGGUCAAAUUUCAUUUGCAAGGGUUGGGGAUGAUAAGUGGACAUGGCAUCCAUCACACUCUCACUAUUCUGACUGCAUCUACAUUGAUGGUCUACUGUAUGCACUGACUGCACAGGGAGAAAUCCAUACACUUGAUCUCAGUGGCCCCACGAUCACGAUGAAGAUGAUAAUUGGAAGUUUGUCUUACAGUAGGUACAUUGUGCAAGCUCCAUGGGGUGGUCUUCUGCUAGUUUGGAGGUCAGUUGAGGACAUUGAGGAGGAUUACGAGGCUGACUUGCCUGCUGACCAUGCAACAUUUGUGCGGUAUACUAGGGAAAUUAAAAUAUAUAGUGUUGAUACUAUGGGGAAAAAACAUGUAGAGAUCAAUAACCUGGAUGGUCAUGUGUUGUUUCUUGGUCAUAACCAAUCACUUUGUCUCAGCACGGAACAAUAUCCACAUCUCAAGGAAAAUUAUACCUAUUUUACUGAUGAUGACGAAGCUUGGUUAUUUGGAUUCAAGAAUAAGCGUCGUGAUAUUGGAUUAUUUGAUUUGAAACAUAACAGCAGAGAGGAACUCGUGUCUCCUCAGCUUUGGUCCAACUUUCCCGCUCCUGUUUGGAUUACACCUAGUUUCACAAAGUUGAACUUCGCCUAGAAGAAGCACUUUUAAGUUUUCUUGUUUAUGGAUAUAAUAGUUGUGUAUAUUUCUUCUUGUUCUGUACAAUUUAUAUGUAAAAUUAUGAUUGGAGAACUGAAAGGUGAAUGAGAAGGUUAGGUUGCUCCAUAUUUGUUUAUUUGUACCGACCUUUCUUAUGUUUAUUUAAAUUUCUACCGUCUUAAGGGCAAACAGCAGGUCUUGUGUGAUAGCCACUUUCUAGGGAAUUAGUGGAAUAUACAAGGCUAAUGUGACCAAUGUUAUUAGAAAAUGGCAAAGCUGUAAGUGCUUCUUAGAGUCUAAAAUAACUUAACUCUGAGACUCUGACUGCAAUCGGCAGGAUGCCUGGGCUAAUUUGGAGAAGCCUUGUGGAAGCAUGUUUUUUAGUAUCUUGAAGGACACCAUGUACUUCAUAUUUUACAACUACAGGGAUAGAAGAUUGAGAGAUAACAAUCGCAGGGUCUGUCUAGGAAGGAUUAUGAGAAGGAAUUGGAGCUUGCGGACAGUGAGAAAACAAAAAAGCUUGAACAGAAGUUGUUUCGUGGUCUUUAAGAUUCACUAGUCCUCAAGGAGAAAGGAGUUAAGGAUGGACCAUCUUAGCUUGUUUCAUCAAGCAUGAUUUUGCUCUUGUUUCAUCGUGGCAGAGCGCAUGUGCUCUUAUCAAAUAUGGCAACUAGAAUUAUGUUAAGGUCUUAAGGAGGUGAGGAGAGUAAUGUAAGUCCAGGGGACGUUGAAGGAGAAAGGAUGCAGUUGGAUGGAGCUGAAUGGCAGUGUUCACCAUUUUGCAGCUGGAGCUGGAAAACAUUCAGGAAAUGAUAGCAUCCUUCUGAAGCUUGAUGAGAUAAUUGCAAAAAUAAAGGUGUUUGACUAUGCUCCUAAGGUUACCAAUGCUUCGGCUGAUUUGUUUUGUGUAAGGAAAAUAUCAGAGAAGCUGUCUGGCGUCUGCUGUUCAUUGGGAAGCUUGCCCCUUUCAUUUAGACUGGUCAGUUGAGAAAGUUUUGCUUCAACUGCAAAGACUAGAAGGGUGUUUGAGGGCUGAGAUUCUUCCGUGAAGUCUAUGGAAUUUGUACAAAAUACAGGUUAAUUGCCUUGCCAAUUGAAACCCACCAUGCUGAAAAAUGAUCAACACAGUCGAUUCAUGACGAGUGCUACUUGCGUGCAUUUGAUGCGAUGGUCGUCCAAAAGAAAAAAGAUCUUGUGUGCCAGGGCAGAACAGAACAAGCUGGGCGGGUGUGCCCUAUCAUCUCCAACUCCAAAAUUCUGAACAAGCAGAACAAGCAGGGCGUGGCGGGGGUACUCAAACUCAAAUAAAUUCUGAUGGUGUGUAAUAUACACAUUGUGUAUAUUCUAUAUUCUGUUCUGUGACUUCCAUUCAGCCAUGUUGCUACAAUCUUGGUUGUUGCCAAAUGAUGCUUAGUUGGUGCUUUA